CCAAUUUCGGUAGCAUUGGGUAGCACUGCAGCAUAUUUACACGACGGACUUUAUUGAUCGGGUAACAUUUCAGGAACAUUCCACAAAAUGGCCGCUAGUUCUGUUGUGGAGUGACAAAUUGAAUUAUUUAUAGUCCCUUCUCCUAUGUGCUGUCGUAUGUUAUUGUUUUGAGUGUAUAAUUCGUUUGUGUUAAGAACCAACAUGUAUUUUAAAUUCAUCGCGAUAGUUUUCGCUGCGACCUGUGCAGUAUUCGUGACAGCCCACUCCUAUGAAGAUAAUCGCUGUAAAUGUGUCUGCCCGAGCCCAGCUGCUGUCCUCAACAACACGACUGGAGCUGAUCGUAGCCCUUUCAUGAAGUCUGCCAACGUACAACCUAACAAAUGUAACUGUGAAUCGGUUAUCCUGCCACGUGUAGCUGAUCAGAUCAAAGGUCGCGAGCAAGAGUUCUGUCCCCGAUGUGAAUGCAAAUACGAAAACAGGAAUACUACCAUUAUCAAGGUGGUAGUGAUCAUAGUGAUCUGGGUGAUUAUGCUGCUGGUGGUGUACAUGGGCUUCCUUAUCUGCCUCGAUCCUCUCAUCAACAAACGCGCUAAGGCGUCCUACCAGGAACAUACCAACGAAGAUGCCUCGUUUAUGGAGACGCGGAGCUUUGUGCGCCGCGUGAGGCACACUCUUGAACGGUUUGCGGCGCGGACUGUACGUCAGUGCCGGUUCCGGCGUGGGGCGGGCGUGGUGUCUUGCGUGCUUCGCUACGGCAUACGCAACAGGAUCCAAAGCUGAUUCCGCCGGGAUGAAAGUACGCUCGGUGGGCCAUCACAGCAGAUGGGAGCGCGUGGCAACGUUCUCAACAGAGUGACGCACCAACAGGACAAGUGGAAGCGCCAAGUCCGUGAGCAGCGCCGCAACAUCUACGACAGGCAUACGAUGUUGAACUAGGACCCGUUUCAUACCUCAUCCGUGGCGUAGCAAUACUAAGGUAAUCGUUUACCGUGGGCCCCGAUCUUUCUAAGUAGGUAGUUGUCCAAGUAUAUAGGACUAUCUCUAUCAACUAUGUGGUUUGCAGUUUUCAACAGUGCUGCAUAUAGUGCUUGAAGACAUUAUAUGCAGUUUUCUGUUCAUUCAACUUCUAACUUUGAUUGGUUUUUCCUAAAAUUGGAAAAUCCAUACCAAAGUAUUCGGGGCCCUAGUGCUGCGCCUUCUAUGGAUGGAGGUAGGUGAAAACAUAUUUGAAUGAAUCCCUUGCUUCGAGGACAGACCAGUAGAUGAUAGAAAGCUAUAGCAGUAUAAACUCUGAAAUAUUAUAUUCAAUGCACAUUUACAAAUAAAACAAUUUUGAAACAUUUUUAACAUUAUACACACAUGUUAUAUACAAUCAAGACUUAUUAUUCGCUAGAUUGAGUAGGAAUUUAUUGAUAUAUUUACCAUUUACAUGAUUGUUGAUGCACGUUCAACAGUUCUGCACCAUGUACAGUUACAGUAAGAGCCGACUUUUCCAACGCCAGAUAAAUUUUAACUGAGGAAUAACUUUGAUUAUUUGACAAUUCUUCCAAACUGUCAAGUGUCAAUUUCAUUCUACAGUUAAGAAUUAACUGAUGAUUGAAGAAUCGGCCCUUACCGCCGCGGCUGUACUCAGUCAUUCACUGGCUACUUAACCCAAUCCUUAGCAAUUGUUUUUUAAGAACAAAAUUGUUACUAAGGUAUAGUUUAAGUAAUCAUUUAAGGACCGAUUUUUCAAUCAUCAGCUAAUUCUGAACUGAGGAAUAACUUUGAAUAUUUGACAAUUCUUCCAAACUGUCAAGUGUCAAUUUUAUUCUACGGUUAAGAGUUAACUGAUGAUUGAAAAAACGGCCCUAAUUGUCUGAGUAUCGCAGUAAGGGCAGAUUUUUCCAACGCCAGUUAAAUUUUAACUGAGGAAUAAAUUUGAAUAUUUGACAAAUCUUUUAACUGUCAACUGUCAAUUUUAUUUCACAGUUAUGAAUUAAGUGAUGAUUGAAAAAUCGACUCUAAAUAGUUUGUAAUCCAGUCAUUUUGUAACAGUUAAUUGUCAUAUCAAAGCAAGCGUUAAUAACAAGAGAAGUAGGAACGAAGAAAAUGACAACACAUAUUCAUUAAUAUCUUCAACUCUUCAUAGUCGGUAAGGUUUAGUAUAAGGUUUGCCAGCAUCUAGCUUCGAUUAGGUUAUAUGCUGAUAAAAGACUACCAAAUGAAAGACAAGAGUCUAAAUAGUGAAAGUUUACAUUAUAUUAAUUAGUUAUAUUAUAUUUAAAUUGUUAUUUAUGAGUCUAAGACAGGCCUGGUUAGGCUACCGUGAUUGAUAUUAAUGUGGUAUAAAAUUUUAGAGGAAAGUGGUCAAUGUCUUCCAUGGAGUAAAUACCAACAAUCUUAGUAGGUAUGCAUUGUAAAAAUUCACUGCUGUCGUUUCCAAAAUUGUAUUGUAUUGUAUUAUAUAUUUUUGACAUCGCACGAUUCACGUUCAUAUCUUGUAGGGAUAUUGAAAUAAGCACUCGUAUGUAUGUUUUCGAUGUAUUGUGUAUUCAGACGAGUAAUGAUAUUAAUAUUUACCUCUGUUAUGAAUGUUGAAGUUUUUGAUAUGUCUUUACUGCACCGUAACAUUCGAUUAAUUAUAGCACUAAUGAUAACUUGCUUGUGAUAGUAGUGUCAUAGUAUAAUGAUCAUAUUGUGAUGUUCCAUACGUACACAGGUAUCACUAACUCGCACCACAGACAACGAUAAUGCUUAAAGGUAGUAGAAAUUGAAAGUGAGAAGUCUGUCUGUCCUCGAAGCUUAUACGGAGCGUUUGUAGGAUAAGCACAUAGUAUACAAUCAAACAAAUUAAAAAUCAUGUAAACAAUCCCUUAUUAUAUUAAUGUUAAGGAGAAGUAAUGAUACAAACGAACUUGUUCAAUACAUUUACUAUACAAUUAUAAUACAUUGGAUAUUUGCAAAUUCAUCGAAUAUAAUUACAAUAUCAUGGAAUUUUGGUAAUAGAUAUGGAGUAAGGUAAUUACAAAUAUUAUCUUAUUAAGUAAUUCUUCAAUUUUACCACAGUAACCAGUUUUAGACCAUUAGAUUAAUAUAAAGACAUUUUUUAUAAUUAUUAUUAUAAUGCUCACACUAUAUGAGUAUAUAAUUAGGUGUUGUAUUAACUCUAAGGUAAUUUCAAAUUCUUUAUCCUAACUACAGAAGAUUCAGGUUCUAAAUACUGUGAACGAAUGAAAUAUUCUCAUCUGAUUUACAUGCACACAAUUCAACAUCAGUAUUUAUAUUCGAUCCAAUAACUAUUUAUACAUGUGAUGUCAUGUACGUAUUUAAUAUUUAUUCUUCUUAAUGUUAAGAUUAUAAUCAUUUAGCUUCGGCGUAGUCGGGUAAAAAGACGAAACUAUUGACUAGAUAAUGUAACCAAAAGGGUAAAAUAAAAUUCAAUAAGCCAAUGUAAAAGACUAGAUUUCGAUUUUGCACUUAGAAAAUUCUAGAUGUUAGUAUGCACCCAAAAUAUUAGAUAGUAAUACUCGUUUUAAACUAUUUAUAUAUGUGUAUUAGCAGAUAUAUCAAUAUCGUAGUAUAAUAACUGUUUUGUAACAUGCUUAUGAAGUAAUAUUACAGAACAUUUUAAAGUCUAUUUCAUUCUUCAAUGAAUUGACAUAUUUUAGGUGGUAUGACAUUACUCAAUAUUGAAUUUAGAUUUCAUGUUUUACUAUAAAAUCAACAAAUAUUUCAUUUUUACAUAGCAUAUUGAUGAUGAAAAUAAUAUACACACAAUCUUUGGAAUUCUUUUAAUAAAUAUCAUUUAAUUGGGUAGUUUCCAUUGUAACAAAAUUAAAAAAUCUUAUUAGUCCGUCAGUUAGAUAAUGAAAAAAUAUUAGACACGAUUUUUUUUAUUUUCUAGUAUUAAGUUGCAAUACUUAGAUAAAAUGGCGGUAAGUUUAGGAGUGGGAGGUUGUUACGUCAUAACGUGCUACAAAAUGUGGCACGCUGUGACGUCACACGAUAUUUCAAAUUAAUAUAUCGUCGAAAUUAUUUAAUUUUGUGAGAAAAGAAAAAAUACGUGUCUAAAGUUUUAAAUUAAUCUAGCAGACGGACAUUAAAAUAAAAUUUAGGAAACUACCCUAUUUCAGAAUUAAGUCAUAAUAAUUUUAUUAAUGUUUGCAAUAUAUUUAACGAAAGUAUUAAAUGUUGUCAGCAUCACAUUUAGACAUAAUAAUUAUGUGUAUAAACGUAAAUGUAGAAUAUAUAAAGUUAUAAACCUUUGUUUUGUAUUUUUUUAUUUAAAAUGAUGAUGAUGAUGAUUUAAAAUCUGUAUAUUUUGGUCACAGUUUUUUUUUACUUUUUUAAAGCUAAGUAUACAUAAGUAAUUGCAAAAGGCAUGUAAACAAUGUUAUUUAUUAAUAUACAAAAAAAUUGGAAGUAUGAUACACCUUAAGCUUAUUUACGUUUCUGUUAUAACGCCUUGUUAUGUCAUUUAACUACAGAGAGAACUGUACUAGUCGUUCAACAGCUUGCAUUAACUGAAUGCACUCUAAACCAUCGUAAGUGCAAUGUACUGGAUAAUAUUCUUUGUUAUUUAUGACGCCUUGAAGCAAACUCCCAAAAAUGUGGCGGGUCACAAUUUAAUUUGUCGUAUGUACAUAUGUUUAUUUUCAAGUAACUAAUAUUAACUGCUUCCAUAACAAUUUAUACAGCGUGAUGCGUGAAUUAUACACCCUUGGUAGCUAAACAACUAGACAUAAAUUGAAAAGAUAGUCGUCAUUCCUAUUCACGCUGUGUUAAAUAAACAUUUCAACAAUGAGAAGAUACAUUAAUAAAAUAUAUUAAAUAAAUAGCCAUUACGUUAUUGUAGAUCAGUGUAUAACUAUAGUUUAGCAAUUAGCUUAAAGUAAUCAGCAUCACCGACAGGCCUUAGAUGUAGAUCAUGUACUCAAAGCUUAAACAAUAAACAUUUCCUUGUUAAGUUUUUAAUACCAGUUUGCCAGGCUCACAGACUUGUGUCCAUGUGCUUGUUUUUUCAUAAAAUGUACAAUGGCGGAGUAGUAUAAUAUCAUAAUUAUCAGUUAUUAUCAGAUUAAUUUCUUUCAAAAUAGUUGGUCAUUUCAGCUCCGUCAGUUCUGAUAUAUGUAUUGGGCGAAUCAACAUGUUCUAUAAAUUACGUCUUACCUACUGCCUCAAAGGGUUAUUUAAUAAGAGCAUACCUGCUGACAGUUACAACAAAAAUUUAACAAAUAUUUUUCAAAUAGUGACCACUUCUGUAAGCACAAGUUUGGCGCCGGCAUUACGCCUACAAACUUGGUAGUUCUAAAAUAAUCUCAUAUUAUUAUCAUUCUAGAAAAAGGAAAAACAUUUUUUUAUAAUAUGUUAAACGGUUUUAUUUAGCUCUAUUCCAAUCAAGCCCUUUGGUUUGAUAUCAAUAAUGGAGGUAGUAGUGAAACUAAAACAUAACAUUGUAUGGCCAUCGAGAUUAAAACUUUACGAAAUACAGAGCCAUCUGUUUGACCCAACAAAUGAAUGAACCUGUGCCUUUAGCCAAACGCUACUUUAGCGCUUGUCUACAGAGAGAGUAAAAAACUAAACGUAUCGGGAUGACACUGACAAGUGUCAAAAAUUACAUCAGUUCCAUAUAAUUUGAUUUUCUAUUCUACAUGUAGACAAGCGCUAAAUGGCAUUUGGCUACAGCUACUGUGCCUUUAGCCAAACGCCACUUUAGCGCUUGUCUACAGAGAGAGUAAAAAACCAAACGUAUGGGGAUGACACAGACAAGUGUCAAAAUUUACGUCAGUUCCAUAUAAUUUGAUUUUCUAUUCUACAUGUAGACAAGCGCUAAAUGGCAUUUCGUUACAUCUGCUGGCAAGCUCAAUAAAACUGUUUAUAAGUACUAUAAGACCGUUUCCGUGAGACUGGCUAAGCUUUAUAUAAGUUCAAUAGUAUUUCUAUAUUAUUAAAUAAAUUGUAAACGAAAUCUAUCCUCGUUUCAUAGAUAGUCGCAGUUUCAUAUCAUUUAUCCAAUAAUUAUGAUCUAUAAUAUUAUUUGUUAAUAUUUUUCUUUUACAGGUACUUUCUGAUAAUGUUUGUAUUUAAUACAUUAUUUAUUGAUUUUAUGUGUUGCUGAAUAUUCAUGGUUAACUGUUAUUACAAAAUGUGUGUAAUAAUUUAAUGAUUGUGUUUUUGCGACAUUAUAAUAUCAUGUAUUCUCUUCUACAUCUAUCGCAUCUAUUGUAGGUUAUACUUCAAUUAAAUUGUCAUGUAAAUAUUUUAAUAUAAUACGUGUUAUCUCUUUAUUAAUUAAAUAAAUACAAUUUAAAUGGA